GGGACGCAGAAUAUGACAGAAGCGCACGGUAGGACACAUCACCGGAAGCUUGUCCUGCGUUCAUUGAAUUUUACUUAUUUAUGGCUCUACAGUGCUGUGAGCGUUUAUAACAGCUUUAUAAAGGUUAAUGUUGAGGUGUUACAGAAGAGAUUUCGCAGUAAAACUCAUCGUUUCCUCACUGACAUUAAAGGCAUCCUCGUGUUUCUGGUCAGGAUGAAGCAGGAAUAUCAGGAUCUGAUCCUGCGGGCCACGUCAGCAAAUCGUCUACAUAUCGGUCAUAAGAUCCAGACUCUGUGGAGUGGUUAUGGUCAGAUUGUGCGGGUCCACCUGCAGGGCUGUGAGCGCUCCUCGGUCGUCGUCAAACAUGUCAUGUUUCCUAAAGGGUCCCGGGAUUCGGACGUCUCUCACCGCCGCAAGGUUCGGUCCUAUCAGGUGGAGACGAACUGGUACAAAAACUACAGCACCAACGAGCGCUGCCGUAUCCCAGCGUGCCUUGCGGUGCAGUCCUUCGGCGAGGAGCAGCUGAUUGUGCUGGAGGAUCUGGACGCGGCCGGUUUCCCUGACCGGAGGACGAGCGUGAGGGACGUCGAGAUCGAAGCCUGUCUGCUCUGGCUGGCAAGCUUCCACGGCCUUUUCCUCGGAGUCCCCACGUGCGGCCUGUGGCCCGUGGGGACAUACUGGCACUUGGAGACACGUCCGGAUGAGCUGGAGGCCAUGCCGGACAGGAAGCUAAAAGCGGCCGCUUCGGAGAUUGACGCCGUCCUGAACGGCUGCCGCUUUAAGACCAUCUUACACGGAGACGCCAAACUGGCCAACUUCUGCUUCUCCAUAGACGGCUCGCGCGUGGCCGCUGUGGACUUCCAGUACGUGGGCGGCGGCUGCGGCAUGAAGGACGUCAUCUACUUUCUGGGCAGUUGCCUGGAUGAGCGCGAGUGCGAGAAAAGAGCUCCUGAUUAUCUGGACUAUUAUUUUUCCCAGCUGAGAGACGCAGUGCCGGAGAAGGAGAAGGAGAACUUCUGUGAGCUGGAGGACGAGUGGAGACGCAUGUUCGCCUUCGCCUGGACAGAUUUUCACCGCUUUCUUCUCGGCUGGAUGCCUGGACACCACAAGAUUAACCACUACAGCAAGCGGCUCACACAGGAAGUGCUGAAGACACUGACAGAGAGCUCAGGAAGAGCGAAGCACUGACUCGCAUCAGAAUAGCAUCAGACUCGCAUCAGAAUAGAAUCAGAAUAGCAUCAGACUCACAUCAGCCUCACAUAAGAAUAGCAUCAGACUCACAUCAGACAUGCAUCAGACUCACAUAAGAAUAGCAUCAGACUCACAUCAUCCUCAAAUCAGAAUAGCAUCAGACUCACAUCAUCCUCAAAUCAGAAUAGCAUCAGCCUCACAUCAGAAUAGCAUCAGCCUCACAUCAGAAUAGCAUCAGACUCACAUCAGAAUAGCAUCAGACUUACAUCAGCCUCACAUCAGAAUAGCAUCAGCCUCACAUCAGAAUAGCAUCAGACUCACAUCAGAAUAGCAUCAGACUUGCAGCAGUCUCACAUCAGCCUCAUAUCAGACUUGCAUCAGACUCACAUCCUAAUAGCAUCAGACUCGCAUCAGAAUAGCAUCAGACUCGCAUCAGAAUAGCAUCAGUCUCGCAUCAGACUUACAUCAGAAUAGCAUCAGACUCACAUCAGAAUAGCAUCAGACUCUCAUCAGAAUAGCAUCAGACUCGCAUCAGCCUCACAUCAGAAUAAUAUCAGACUCUCAUCAGAAUAGCAUCAGACUCUCAUCAGAAUAGCAUCAGACUCUCAUCAGAAUAGCAUCAGACUCGCAUUAGAAUAGCAUCAGACUCUCAUCAGAAUAGCAUCAGACUCUCAUCAGAAUAGCAUCAGACUCACAUUAGAAUAACAUCAGACUCGCAUCAGAAUAGUAUCAGACUCUCAUCAGAAUAGCAUCAGCCUCACAUCAGAAUAGCAUCAGACUCGCAUCAGAAUAGCAUCAGACUCGCAUCAGAAUAGCAUCAGACUCUCAUCAGAAUAGCAUCAGACUCACAUCAGAAUAGCAUCAGACUCGCAUCAGAAUAGCAUCAGACUCUCAUCAGAAUAGCAUCAGCCUCACAUCAGAAUAGCAUCAGACUCUCAUCAGAAUAGCAUCAGACUCACAUCAGAUUAGCAUCAGACUCACAUCAGAUUAGUAUCAGACUCUCAUCAGAAUAGCAUCAGACUCUCAUCAGAAUAGCAUCAGACUCUCAUCAGAAUAGCAUCAGACUCAGAUCAGAAUAGCAUCAGACUCUCAUCAGAAUAGCAUCAGACUCUCAUCAGAAUAGCAUCAGACUCUCAUCAGAAUAGCAUCAGACUCUCAUCAGAAUAGCAUCAGACUCGCAUCAGAAUAGUAUCAGACUCUCAUCAGAAUAGCAUCAGCCUCACAUCAGAAUAGCAUCAGACUCUCAUCAGAAUAGCAUCAGACUCACAUCAGAUUAGCAUCAGACUCACAUCAGAUUAGUAUCAGACUCUCAUCAGAAUAGCAUCAGACUCUCAUCAGAAUAGCAUCAGACUCACAUUAGAAUAGCAUCAGACUCACAUCAGCCUCACACCAUUAUAGUAUCAGACUCACAUCAGAAUAGCAUCAGACUCACAUCAGAAUAGCAUCAGACUCACAUCAGAAUAGCAUCAGACUCUCAUCAGAAUAGCAUCAGACUCACAUCAGAAUAGCAUCAGACUCUCAUCAGAAUAGCAUCAGACACAUUAGAAUAGCAUCAGACUCACAUCAGCCUCACAUCAGAAUAGCAUCAGACUCACAUCAGAAUAGUAUCAGACUCACAUCAGAUUAGUAUCAGACUCUCAUCAGAAUAGCAUCAGACUCGCAUCAGAAUAGCAUCAGACUCAGAUCAGAAUAGCAUCAGACUCUCAUCAGAAUAGCAUCAGACUCACAUCAGAAUAGCAUCAGACUCGCAUCAGAAUAGCAUCAGACUCACAUCAGCCUCACAUCAGAAUAGCAUCAGACUCACAUCAGCCUCAGAUCAGAAUAUCAUCAGACUCGCAUCAGAAUAGCAUCAGACUCGCAUCAGAAUAGCAUCAGACUCUCAUCAGAAUAGCAUCAGACUCACAUCAGAAUAGCAUCAGACUCUCAUCAGAAUAGCAUCAGACUCACAUCAGAAUAGCAUCAGCCUCACAUCAGAAUAAUAUCAGACUCUCAUCAGAAUAGCAUCAGACUCACAUCAGAAUAGCAUCAGACUCUCAUCAGAAUAGCAUCAGACUCUCAUCAGAAUAGCAUCAGACUCACAUCAGAAUAGUAUCAGACUCACAUCAGAUUAGUAUCAGACUCUCAUCAGAAUAGCAUCAGACUCACAUCAGAAUAGCAUCAGACUCUCAUCAGAAUAGCAUCAGACUCACAUCAGAAUAGCAUCAGACUCUCAUCAGAAUAGCAUCAGACUCACAUCAGAAUAGCAUCAGACUCACAUCAGCCUCACAUCAGAAUAGCAUCAGACUCGCAUUAGAAUAGCAUCAGACUCACAUCAGAAUAGCAUCAGACUCACAUCAGAAUAGCAUCAGACUCACAUUAGAAUAGCAUCAGACUCGGAUCAACCUUGCAUCAGACUCACAUCAGAAUAGCAUCAGACUCACAUCAGAAUAGCAUCAGACUCUCAUCAGCCUCACAUCAGAAUAGCAUCAGACUCUCAUCAGAAUAGCAUCAGACUCGCAUCAGAAUAGCAUCAGACUCACAUCAGAAUAGCAUCAGACUCUCAUCAGCCUCACAUCAGAAUAGCAUCAGACUCACAUCAGUAUAGCAUCAGACUCGCAUCAGACUUGCAGCAGCCUCACAUCAGAAUAGUAUCAUACUUGCAUCAGACUCACAUCCUAAUAGCAUCAGACUCUCAUCAGAAUAGCAUCAGACUCACAUCAGAAUAGCAUCAGACUCACAUCAGAAUAGCAUCAGACUCGCAUUAGAAUAGCAUCAGACUCACAUCAGAAUAGCAUCAGACUCACAUCAGAAUAGCAUCAGACGCACAUCAGAAUAGCAUCAGACUCGGAUCAACCUCUCAUCAGACUCGCAUCAGAAUAGCAUCAGACUCACAUCACUUACAUCAAACCAGCAACAUCUCAUCAGUCUCUGCUCUUACAUGGAGUGUUGUGAUUGGCUGGGAGUCAGAGUAAGGGGUGUGGUCUACACUGGUCUGUUAGGGAAAGUUAACUCUAGAUAAUAAACACAUUAUUAAAUGAUAAAUAGGUUAUGGAAGCGAGUGACUGAUGAACCUUUCCAGAUGAAAAUUGGUGCUGUAGGUCCAGCUGAUGUUUCUGACACAUUGAUCUUCCUCAUGUCGUCUCACUGAGAUCUUCUUCUUGCCCUGGAUUGAGUUCUGCAGCUGGUUCUCUGUACAUCAGCGUGGUGAUGAUGUCUGUUUCUAUGUGAUGGGAGUGGGUGUGGUCUAUAUGAUGGGAGUGGGUGUGGUCUAUGUGAUGGGAUUGUCUUUACAUCCUCUGGUGACUCUGGACUCAUAUCCAGUCAGAGCUCUAUCUCUCCACAGCUGUGAGGUUCCUCAGGAACACAGAUUUAUUAGAUUAUUAAAGAGGAAGGUGUUUAUUCAGUAACACCCCAAGACAUAGCACCUGAGAACAAAUCCCAAUUAAAAUAACUUCACCAGUUCACACAUCCUCACCAUGACACCGCAGGAGCUCCGUGUUAAAGCUCGCUAGUGUGUGUGUGUGUAAUGUGAGAGUGAAACUGGAUUAAAUGUCCCACAGUGUGAAAUAAAGCUGUUAAGAGUCUAAGCUCACCUCUAACCCAAUGUUCUGCAUGGGAAAAACACAAAUCUACUCUAUAACACACACACACACCUUUGGAUUGUGGAAAACUUUUGAUUCAGCAUCACACAAUAUUGGACCUGAGCUCAGUCACGUCACAGCUACAAGACCUUAAUAUGAUAUUAAUUACUCUUAUUCUCACUUUAGCCUGUUAUUACUUUUUUCUGACAUUCUGUUAUUUGUUUUUAUUUAUUAUUAUUUGUUUUGUUUAUAUUUUGUUAUCUUCUGUUAAGCACUGAGCCGCAGAUUAAAUGGAUAAAAAGUGAUAAAGAUGAUGAUGAUGAUGAAGAUGUAAACAGUGUGGUGUAGAGUUUAAGACUAAACUCUAACACACCUGCGUCAAUCAAACAAAUCAGAAAUAAAGGAGAUUUAAAGUUUACAUUAAAGCUAAAGGAUAUCAGACAAACACACUACACACUCUAUAGAACAUACAAUACAUUUUUUUGAGAGAACCUCAAAAGUUGUGUGAAGAACCCUGUAGAAGCCUACAGCAGGGUUUCCUCUGAGUUUCACAUCCAUCUGAUUAAAGAAAGGUGAAACCAACAACAUUACAGCAACUAACACAAAAACAGAGUUCAGGUGUGUGUGUGUGUGUGUGUGUGUGUGUGUGUGUGUGUGUGUGUGUGUGAAGCUUUCCUCCAUGUUUCUCUUUAUUCCUGUGACUCUUCACAUGGUGAAAUAAAUCUGUGAAUAAUAUAACAUGAUCUGUGAACAAUAUUGAUCAUGAAUCAUAUUUCUCUUCAAAAGGAAAAAUUAAACUGUCAUAAUAACCUC